CCGGGCACACGCUGCGCGGCCGCCACAGGCGGGGGUUCUGGAGCCGCCGCCGAGUCGGGGCGCCCUGAGCAGAGCGCGGCCAUGGGGAUCCUGGAGAAGAUCUCCGAGAUCGAGAAGGAGAUCGCUCGGACGCAGAAGAACAAGGGUUAAGAAACUAAUGCACAAGAAGAUUAAGUAAUUUACCCAAAGCAAAAUGGCCAGGGUGGGCCUCUGGAUGACACUGUCCCCCAAAACUGGUAGGGAGACUUCCUUGAAGAGGUGACAUUUGAGUUUGCCUUGAAUGUUGAGAAGGAGCAAGCCCUGGGAAGAUAAAGUUUAAAUGGAAGGAACAGCAGCUGCAAAGGCCCAGAGGCAGGAAUGGGGUCGGCAUAUGCUGAGAAAGCCGCUGUGGCUGGAAUGGAGGAAAUAGAAGAGGAGUGCCACCGAAUAUCACCUGGGCUUGCUGAAAGCAAAACUGGCCAAGUAUCGGGCCCAGCUCCUAGAACCCUCCAAAUCGGCCUCAUCCAAAGGAGAGGGCUUCGAUGUCAUGAAGUCGGGUGACGCCCGUGUGGCACUGAUUGGAUUUCCCUCUGUGGGUAAGUCCACCUUCUUGAGUCUAAUGACCUCCACAGCCAGUGAAGCUGCAUCCUAUGAGUUCACAACCCUGACGUGUAUCCCAGGGGUCAUUGAAUACAAAGGAGCCAACAUCCAGCUCUUGGACCUUCCUGGAAUCAUUGAAGGCGCAGCACAAGGGAAAGGCCGUGGCCGACAGGUGAUUGCUGUGGCACGCACAGCUGACGUCGUCAUCAUGAUGCUGGAUGCCACCAAGGGAGAGGUGCAGAGGUCUCUGCUGGAGAAGGAACUGGAGUCGGUGGGCAUCCGCCUCAACAAGCACAAGCCUAACAUCUACUUCAAGCCCAAGAAAGGCGGUGGCAUCUCCUUUAAUUCGACAGUCACGCUGACCCAGUGCUCAGAAAAGCUGGUGCAGCUGAUCCUGCACGAGUACAAGAUCUUCAAUGCAGAAGUGCUCUUCCGAGAGGAUUGCUCCCCGGACGAGUUCAUCGAUGUGAUUGUGGGCAACCGGGUGUACAUGCCCUGCUUGUAUGUUUAUAACAAAAUUGACCAGAUCUCGAUGGAAGAAGUGGACCGCCUGGCCCGGAAACCCAACAGUGUGGUCAUCAGCUGUGGCAUGAAGCUGAACCUGGACUACUUGCUUGAAAUGCUUUGGGAAUACUUGGCUCUGACCUGCAUCUACACCAAGAAGAGAGGACAGAGGCCGGACUUCACAGACGCCAUCAUCCUCCGGAGAGGGGCCUCCGUGGAGCAUGUGUGCCACCGCAUCCACCGGUCGCUUGCCAGCCAGUUCAAGUACGCGCUGGUGUGGGGCACCAGCACCAAGUACAGCCCGCAGCGGGUGGGCCUGACCCACACCAUGGAGCACGAAGAUGUCAUCCAGAUUGUCAAGAAGUAGCCUGGGCCGGGCCUGGCCACCCACCUGUCUCCCUGGGGAGUCGGACCCAAUGGGACACACUGAAGCCCAAACAGGAAGAAUACAAAUACAUGUGUUCUGGGAAGGGUCUCUUAA